AUGCAAGCUCCAAGAGGAUCAAAGCUUUCUAAAUUCAUAAACUCACGCGUCAAAGUCGUAAUUAGCGAUCAUAGGUAUUUCGUUGGUCAAAUGCUCGCUUUUGAUACACAUUCGAAUAUUGUUUUAAAGGAUUGUGAAGAAUACAGAAGAUUAAAUAGGAGGAAGGCCGGCGAACUCCAAGAAGCAAAGAGAAAUAUUGGCCUUAUGAUUUUACGUGGAGAAACAGUGCUUCAUAUCGAUAUUGUCGGACCCCCACCACCUAAUGGAAAUAGAAUGUCAGCUUCUACUGCUUCAUCAGUGCUACAACCUGGUGGCACUCCUGAAAAAGCAAAAGCGAGUGGUUCUGGUCUUGGAAAUUUGGAAUUACCUGGACAAAUGGGUUCAUUGGCCAAGCCAGCAAUGGGUGUUGGUUUACCAAGUUCAUCUUUAGCUGCGUCCGGCCCUCAGAUAUUACCUUCUUCAAAAUUACCACAAUAA